UUCUGAUACAGAGUUUUCAAUAACAUUGAACAGAAAAGAUGCUCUCACAGAAGAUCAGAAGACCUUAGCUUCAUAUGGGAUAGUUUCUGGUGAUUUGAUAUGCUUAUUACUAGGAGAAGAGGAUGGACAACCCAACCUACCUCUUCCUCCUUCUGCGGCUCCCCGACUUGAGAAUGGUCAUGAGUCAUCCACCUUGAUUACUGACAGAAGUCAGGCCAACAGUCCAAAAGAAUGGCAGAAUGAGCAAUCUGACAAGCAGAAAGCUCCAGUGGAAGUCCAAAGGAUUGAUGAGAGGGCAGGAUCCAGCUUAGAAUUUACUUCUGGAUUAGUGCCGGAAGAUGUUGACCUGGAAGAAGGUACAGGUUCUUAUCCCUCUGAGCCCAUGCUGUGCAGUGAAGCCGCUGAUGGUGAAAUACCACAUUCCUUAGAGAUGCUCUACCUUUCUGCUGAGUGUACCAGUGCCACUGAUGCCUUGAUUGUUCUAGUACAUCUUCUCAUGAUGGAGACAGGCUACGUACCUCAGGGGACAGAAGCCAAAGCAGUGUCUAUGCCAGAGAAAUGGAGAGGGAAUGGUGUUUAUAAGCUACAGUACACACACCCCCUUUGUGAAGAAGGUUCUGCUGGUUUGACUUGUGUGCCUUUGGGAGAUCUUGUUGCUAUUAAUGCAACAUUAAAAAUCAACAAGGAGAUUAAAGGUGUUAAGAGAAUACAGCUAUUGCCAGCAUCCUUCAUUUGCUUUCAGGAGCCAGAAAAGGUUGCAGGUGUUUACAAAGAUCUUCAGAAACUAUCCCGUCUCUUUAAAGACCAGCUGGUUUACUCUCUUCUGGCUGCUGCCCGACAAGCUCUGAACUUACCAGAUGUGUUUGGCUUGGUGGUCCUUCCUCUUGAGCUCAAGCUUCGAAUUUUCAGACUUCUGGAUGUCCGUUCCCUCAUCUCCCUCUCCGCUGUUUGCCGUGAUCUUUACACGGCUUCCAACGACCAGCUUCUGUGGAGGUUCAUGUAUCUGCGAGAUUUCCGAGAUCCUAUGGCGAGGCCUCGUGACACAGACUGGAAAGAACUAUACAAGAAAAAGUUGAAACAGAAGAAAGAGGCCCUGCGGUGGAGGCACAUGAUGUUUUUGCCCCCUACACCUCAUCCAAUCCCCUUUCAUCCUAACCCCUUCUAUCCUAAUCCCUUUCCUCCCAACCCAUUCCCAUCAAACCCGAUCUAUCCCCCAAUGAUCAUUGGUGGAGAAUAUGAUGAGAGACCAACCCUUCCAUAUGUUGGGGACCCAAUUAACUCACUUAUUCCUGGCCCAGGAGAAGCACCAGGCCAGUUUCCUCCAUUCAGACCGCAUUUUGAUCCAAUUGGCUCCUUGCCUGGAGCAAACCCCACGCUCCCAGGGCGAGCGGGUCCCACUGACAGGUUUCCACCUAGACCCAGCCGGGGCCGCCCCAUGGACAUUCGCCGUGCAUUCAUUUGAUUGUUGCUUUUUCCUUCAGUGAGUUUUCUAAUCCCCGAGCUUGCGUUCUAACCGCAGGAGAUGGCACAUCCCAGGCGCUAACAUCUGCCUUCUCUUCGGAUUGUGGCAAGGAUGUGCGUGCGUGGUAGGGUUUCAGCCCGAAAGGCCGGGUUUGGUUUGUGCUCUGGUAGUGCUGUACCGCCUGGCACUA